UAUGGUAGCUAAGCCAGUUGUCAAAAAAUGACUUUCUGACGUGAUUCGCCGAACAUAAAUUUACUUGGAUUAUUUUUUUUAAUAACAUGGGAGGCUCGCAAAGCACCAGAAAACUGAGCGUGGAUAACGAAAAUGCUAUUCAAGUUUCCCAGGACGCGUUAGAAAGGAUACAGGCUCAACUGGCCGCCAAUCAAGCAGCUCAGCCAGCAGCGCCUGUGGCACCUCAGUUCGUUCCGCCUCAGUACUACGAGUCGCGAAGGCAGCAACUAGACAACGCGGCAGAGGAGGCCUACUGGGCUCGGAGGAUUGAAGGACUAAAGCGAGCACACGAGAAAAUCAACAGCGGGAUGCAGAUUGAAUAUCAAAAGACUCUGAAAGAGGCCAAUGAUUUGUUUGAGUUAGCGCAGAAGGAUAAAAUUGCCAGUAAGCUACCACCAUGUCAAGAGGAAAAAGCAAAGGUCCUGCAAUGCUACAGCACAAACCCCAACAAGUCCCUGCUGUGUGCGGUGCUAGUGAACAACUUCAAUGAAUGCGUCUGCAACAGCAGAGUGGCCGCCGUCUCCGCCUCCUGAGCUAACACA